AUGGCUGAAUGUUUGGAAUCACUGAAGAAAGAGUGUGCUCAACAUCAUAUUGAACGAUGUGCGUCUUUUGAUAAUGCUUUUCAUUAUAUUGAACAGCUCAGUGCGAAUACUAUCGCUAUUCUAGUCGUUGUUGGACAUUUAUAUCAAAAUCUUAAAGAUGAACUGUCACGUAUUGACUUCUUACCACGUGCAAUACGGAACUGUUUUGUUUAUUCAACUGAAUAUGAACACACCGAAAAACCUAUGACAUCAUCAACUCAAUAUGUCUUUGGACAACGUCAAUUACUUUCAUCUAUUCGCGAUGUAUUAGAUGCACUUGAUGUGUCGCCUGUGCAUGAGCAUUCAGGUCAAUACAUCUCGAUUACAGUACAUCAAAGUACAUUUAAUGAAUUAUUUCGAGCGAUGAAAUCAAUUCAAGUUAAGCUCAUCGGAUUUACCAUAAAAGUUUCUCAGAUGGAAACCGUUUUAUCUCCAUCAAUGUUUCAAUUUAAAGCUUUUGCAGAAGUCUUUGGUCCAAUGGAGAGACUUCCACGUAUUACUAAGCAAACUGUUCAUGGCGAAUGUGAAUUAAUAUUGGAUGAAAAUACUGGAAAACUUAUGCUCAAAAUAAAAAAGCUUCGUGUUGAACUGCCGAAACUAUUUGGAUAUGGUGGUGGUUCUGCAGACAUUAGUACUUAUAUGCCAUAUAUUCCACUCGAUGGAUUUAUUAACUUUUCACAUCCAUUCAAAUUACCAGAUUUGUGUGAAACUAAACGGCUGGAAAUCAUUCCUCGACAUCCAAAAUUUAUUGUUGAAGAAAAACGUGUUACUAUUUCUGUGGAAAUACAUUAUGCUGAAGCAUCUUCUGAUCACAAAUAA